CGCGGCUAUGAGAAGAAACUUAUUACUCUACAACAAUUCCAUAAUAAUAAUAAUAAUAAUAAUAAUAAUUCAUUUAUUUAUUUCUUCAUUCAUUCAUUAAUUUCGGCUGAUGGCUGUUUGCGCGUCGUCUUUGCGAACCCUGCAAUGGAGAAGUUCCGGCGCCGGCGGAAAUGUCCGUUCAUCUCUGGCCGCCGACGGCCGUCCGGAAAGGCUUUUGAGAUUCCGUAAAAGCGGCGGCUAUGGCGUCAUCAGGCGGCGCUUUGUGCUCACCACGGCGGCCGCCGCCGUGGAAGAUCGAUGCCUGAGGUUCGGUGGGACGGCCGCCGAUGCUCUCGUGGAUGUUCCGGAGAAUGUCGUAAUCACGCCGCAUUCCGAGUCGUCGGCGUUUUUGGGCGCCGCCGCCGAUGAGAGCCGCUCCCGCCAUGUCUUCAAGCUCGGCCUCAUUGAAGGUACAAGAUUACUGAGUCUAUUCCGGUUCAAAAUAUGGUGGAUGAUCCCCCGGGUCGGGAACUCGGCUCGGGACAUUCCGGUUGAGACACAGAUGCUGCUGCUCGAAGCCGGCGCCGGAUACAUACUCUUCUUACCUCUGGUAGCCGGCGAAUACCGGAGCAGCCUCCAGGGGAACUCUGCCGACGAGCUUCAAGUUUGCGUCGAAACAGGUGAUUCCGCGAUAAUCGCGUCUUCGUUUCCGGAGGCUGUUUUCGUGAGCUACGGACAAAACCCGUUCGAUUUGAUCAAGGAAUCGAUGAAGAUACUGCAGAAGCACACCGGCGCGUUCGCUCUUAGAGAGACAAAACAGAUACCGGGCAUCCUCGACUGGUUCGGUUGGUGCACGUGGGAUGCAUUCUACCACGACGUUAAUCCUAAGGGCAUCCGCGACGGCCUUAAGAGCUUGUCUGAAGGUGGCACGCCGGCGAGGUUUCUAAUCAUCGAUGACGGCUGGCAAGACACAACCAAUGAGUUUGCGAAAGACGGGGAGCCUUUUGUCGAUGGGAUACAGUUCGCAGCGAGAUUGAUGAGUGUCGAGGAAAAUGCCAAGUUCCGGAAGGCACCAGGAGACGAUUCGGUGAACACACCGCAUAGUCUAAAGGACUUCGUCUCGGAAAUAAAGACAAUUUACAGCAUCAAAUACGUCUACGUAUGGCACGCGCUUAUGGGAUAUUGGGGCGGAUUGCAUCCCGACGCGCCGGGUACCAAGAAGUACAACCCGACGAUAAGGUACCCUAUCCAAUCUCCGGGAAAUCUCGCGCACUCCCGCGACCUCGCAAUGGAUGCCAUGGAGGCUUACGGCGUCGGCACUGUCGAUCCUGAAAAGGCAUCCGGGUUCUACAACGAUAUGCAUAGCUACCUCGUCGCUCAAGGAGUCGACGGAGUUAAAGUCGACGUACAAAACAUUCUCGAAACGUUGGCCACCGGGUUAGGGGGCCGAGUCCCCCUAACCCGACACUUCCAACAAUGUCUUCAAAAAUCCGUAUCCGAAAACUUCUCGGACAAUGGCCUAAUAUGUUGCAUGGCACAAAACACGGAUUCGGUGUAUAGCUCGAGUACAAGUGCCAUGACUCGGGCGUCGGAUGACUAUUAUCCGAACAACCCGAGAACGCAAACGCUACACAUCGCUUCCGUGGCUUACAACAGCUUGUUCUUCGGCGAAGUACUCGUCCCCGAUUGGGACAUGUUCUAUAGCCUUCAUGAGGCAGCCGAGUUUCAUGCCGUCGCCCGUGCUGUUGGAGGCUGCGGAGUCUAUAUCAGCGACAAGCCCGGAAAACACGACUUCAAGAUCCUGAAAAGGCUUGUGUUGCCCGACGGAUCGGUUUUGAGGGCAAAGCAUCACGGGAGACCGACUCGCGACUGUUUAUUUAGCGAUCCCGUCAUGGAUGGAACAAGUCUCAUGAAGAUAUGGAACAUGAACAAGGUCACCGGUGUCCUGGCAGUGUUUAACUGCCAGGGCGCCGGGACAUGGCCCGGAUUGCAAAAAUCCAUUCAAGUCGAGAAUUCGGAGCUAUCAGGACACAUAUCUCCUUCUGACAUCGACUAUCUCGCAGAAAUUUCUCCAAGACAACAUUGGAAUGGCGACUACGCCGUGUAUUCCUUCCAAUCAGGAACAAUUGGUCGCCUCUCAGCAAACAAAAAAAUAGACGUGACAUACAAAACCUUACAAUGCGAUAUUUUCACCGUAUCUCCGAUUGAGGUGUAUUAUGAUAAUCUAGGAAUUGAGUUCGCGCCAAUUGGAUUGAUCGAUAUGUACAAUUCGGGAGGCGCCGUGGAUUCCAUCGAGGCUGCCGGAGAUUCCAAAAUCCGAAUCCGCGGAAGAGGUGAAGGGGUUUUCGGAGGAUUUUCGAGCUCGAAACCUAAGACUUGCUUUGUUAAUGGGAAGAAUGAACAUUUUGAUAUAGAAGAUAAUAUCUUUAAAAUUAGGGUUCCUAUAGGAACUUGUUCUUGGGUGAUUGAUGUUCAUUAUUGAUGUAUUUUAUUUUAUUUUUUUCUUUUUAAGUAUUUUUCUAUGUACCGAAUCAAUUUAUUUUGUUAUUUUGUUUCCCUUGAAAUUAGUC